GAACGGGGAUGGAAACUGUGUCUACGGGACCUUUUAUGAUGCGAAGCACUUGCAGGAGAUGCAGUGGGCGUGGUACCUGGAAUAAGAAUCCGUGUAAGGAGUGCAGUGGGGCGGGACAAACUAAUCAGAGACAGAAAAUAACGGUACCUGUACCAGCUGGUAUUGAGGACGGUCAAACAGUCCGCAUGCCGGUCGGACGGAAAGAGGUCUUCAUAACCUUCAGAGUUGAGAAGAGUGAUUAUUUUACACGGAAAGGAGCAGAUGUUUAUACUGAAGCUAAUAUUUCUAUUGCACAGGCUGUGUUGGGAGGUGCUAUAAGAGUGCAGGGAAUACACGAGGAUCUUAAUCUACAGAUUCCACCCGGAACAUCAUCACAUACAAAGAUGAAGAUGACCGGGAAAGGAUUAAAGCGAGUAUCUGGGUACGGUCAAGGAGAUCAUUAUAUAACAAUUAAGAUUGUUCCGCCUAAAAAAUUAGAUGAGAAACAAAGAGCUUUAAUGCAGGCGUAUGCAGAACAAGAGAGCAACACUCCAGGAACUAUUUUAGGAUUGACCUACGCUUUGGGAGGAAAGAAGGUUGUGAUUGAAGACAAAGAUGGACUAGUCUCUAGUAUUAGAGAGAUAAUCGAGGAUGACCCCCAAGAAACGCAAACUGAAACUGAGAAGAACUAAAACCAGUGAUGGAUGUUGUAUUUAUUCCGAUAUUGUUAAACCUGGAGUAUUUUAUAAAAGGAGAAGUUCCAAACUCGUAUUAUAAAUUCCAAUAUUUUUAUCAUCUUUUUCUGUCUUUUGGAACUCUCCUUUUUUCCAACCCCUUGGGAAACAAUUUAAUUUACAAUCAGAAAAGAAUCCAGGGUAUGCUGGGGUCAAAUUAAAUCCUGAAAACCCACCAACGUUGAAAUCACGCUGACACCGCAAAAAUUUUAAAGUGAACGUUUUUAUUUUUUGUAUAUCUAAGUCAACGUUUGCCAAAAGUUUCUAAAAGUUUGGUGUUGCCAUUAGUCUGAUAAAAGAUAUGGUUGAUUAUUUGUUUGAUUCGUCAAUGAAACAUCUUAUUUUCAGA